AUGGGAUCCCUUGACUCUAAAACCCUUGUUCUUAUCACGGGUGCCAAUACUGGCCUAGGAUUUGAAGUAGCAAAAGUUCUCUUUGCCCGCCCAGAUCCCUACCACAUCCUCAUCGGAUGCCGGGGUGCCAUCAGUCGCGCAAGCGACGCCAUAUCCAAGUUGAAGCAACUUUCGCCCAGCAGCUCAUCCACCGCGGAGCCACUAUCCAUUGACAUCACGUCGGAGGAGUCCAUAGCUACAGCUUUCAAGCAAGUCGAGGAGAAAUUCGGCCAUGUCGACAUCCUGGUGAACAACGCUGGCCUCGCCCUAGACACAGCGGUCACCUCGGGCCAACUCAGCGUGCGCGAAGGCUGGAACCAGACAUACAACGUCAACGUCACCGGCACCCACCUCUUCACCUCCACCUUCGCGCCCCUCCUGCUCGCCUCCCAGGCCCCGACCCGUCGCCUGGUCUUCAUCACCAGCGGCCUGUCGUCCAUCACCGAGCACGCAGGCGGCAUGAGCCCGCGCUACGCCCUCGCGCCGGCGGGCUGGCCCAAGCCGGACACCCUGUGGCUCCCGUACCGCGUGAGCAAGGCCGCGAUGAACAUGCUGGCGACCGAGUGGGCGCGCCUGCUGCGCACCGACGGGGUGGCUGUGUUCAACGUGUCGCCGGGGUUUCUGAACACUGGGCUGGGAGAUAACCGGGCCACGGGCGAGUGGAGGGACAAGAGUGUCAUGGGGGCGAUGGAUCCGGCCGUUGGGGCCGCGUUCUGUGCGGAUGUUAUUGAGGGGAAGAGGGAUGAGCAGGCUUGGCCUCCGAAGGUGAUCCGGAAGGACGAGGUGCAGCCGUGGUAA